UCCUCGUUUGCAGUAAACAGGAGAAUAUAAGGGCUUUGACAUUUGAAAGCUCUCUCGAUGCUUAUUUUACAGCUCUUUCUGGCAAAAACUUCAAAUGUUUAUGUAGAAUUUCAAGGAAUCAGAAGUUCUAGAGAACUGUAUCCACGAUGUCACAGGCAACCAAGCGCAAACACGUUGUCAAGGAGGUGCUUGAGGACUACGUCACACCUACAGAGAAGCAGCAGAUCAUGAAAAUACUGGGUUGCCCAGGGAAUAACCUACAUGAGGCGGUAACAGACAGUGGAGAACGGUUUCUCAUCAGCAUGCCCACAAAGUUCCGAAAGAACAUUUGGAUCAAAAGAGGUGAUUUUGUGAUUGUGGACCCUAUUGAAGAGGGUGAUAAGGUCAAAGGAGAAAUCAGCUUUAUUCUCUAUAAGGACCAUAUCCAGUAUCUGUACAAACAGGGUGUCUGGCCAAAAGGAUUCCAAGCAAAUCACACCUCAGAUGAAAGCCAAGAACAAGAGAAGGAGAAGACAGAAAACAAAGAGGAGGAGGCAGAGAGUGGUAAUAGUGACUCAGAGGAAGACGACAGUGACCUAUUUGUCAACACAAAUCGCACCAAGUAUCAAUACAGUGAGAGUGAGGAAGAAACCGAUGAAGAUGAAAAUGAGGAGGAAGAGGCUGAAGAGGAGGGUGCUUAAAAUACCACGUUGAGCUCAACACUGCACACUGAGAAUAGUCAGGGGAUGAAUAUUAAAUCGAAUGCCUGAAUAUUUCCUCUUAUUGUUUAGAUAUUGCAAAUGUUGCAUUACAGUGUUUGAUAAUCACAUUCAGUUUCAUAGACUGCAGUUUCCAUUAGGAAUCCAAAUUUAAGACAACAACCACCCCAAAGUCCACUGCUAUAUGUAUACUUACUACCAAGUGUAAAUUUACUGUAUAAAACCUGACUACAAUGUCUCAACCCAAACCUAGAGCUCUCUACCAUCACUGGCCCUGCCAGCACAGAGAUGUGCAGUACUGUUGCUCAAGAAGUACUGAUGCCUCAAUCAUGGUUUCAAGAUUAAGCUCAAACGAUUAUUUCUUAAUUUGAAGCAACCAUUCCCAUAAUAAUUUCUUACUUAAGUGCAGUUAUGCAGAAAUGACUUUUCUGACAACAAACUGAAAGCUUGUAACUUAAUUCUUGUAAAUAUUACACUGUAAUAAAUAU